UGGGACGUUGCGCAGGAUGCGCCAUGGGCCUUCGACCUGCCCACCCCUUUCUCCGGCGCGUGCCACACUCCAGGGGGCUGCGGCGCUUGCGGCGCCUGACGCGGCGAGAUCCGGUGCAGCUGCUGAAGCAGUUGCCGGAGCAGGAGCAGCGUGCUCGGCUCCUGGAACUGCUACGCGCAGACCUUCAGAGCAAUGAGGAGAUUGCGGAUGAGACUUGGCAGAUGCCAAGCUUGACGGCUGAUGGCCGCACGGCGGAUUUGCCUGGAUUCAACUUCCAGACUCGCGUUUGCGACCUUCAGAUUCUACAAGGAGUUUCUGGGGAAGCCAUGGAGAAUUUGACCAAGACCUGUCGUUUGCUUUUCCCUUUGGAUGGCUCCUCCUGGAUGCCCUGCACUGCAGAUCCGCGGUGCCUGGCAGAGAGGUUGGCGCAAGAGGUCUUCGAGUUCCACGCCAAAGGUUUUGCGUUUGAUCCAAAGCGAUCUGGAGCUGAGUGGUGGGUACAGAUUCGAGAUACUUGGAUUGAGAUGUGGAAUCCUUCUGGCACUCACACACGGCAACAUAUAUUGUUCUGGCCUGAUAGCGGACAUAGUGAAGAAGGUAUUCAAUUCCACUGGGAUACAGAUGAGGUUGCGGUUGAGCGCCAUGGUGUGAAUGUGCAUCCACACCUCAGUACCGUAACCUACCUCACGGAGUGCGGAGCUCCAACCCUGAUUCUGCAGUGUCGCAACUCGUUACGACCCAGUGAGACGGCUCAAGUCUAUGGGUCGCUUGCAGGUGGAACCCUCAGCUGGCCGAAGCUUUGGAAACACCUGGCCUUCGACGGUCAGUUGCUUCACGGCACUGUGCCGAAGGCCGGAGACCCGGCGGGUACGACCCGGCGGACGUUCCUGGUGAACGUUUGGCUGAACCAUCGGCCCAGCAACUGUCAACGUCUCUCAAAGGCUUUGGCCAAGCGCCUGGGUGAUCUGCCACAUCGCUUCACCUUCUCGGCCUUUCAAGCCAUGCCGCGCUGGAGCCCCGUUUCAUGCCAUGCCGGACGCUUCCGAACUCGCUUUGGUCGACGGAGGUUGCUGCAUGAGAUUUCCUGUCGAUUGCCUCAUAGGUCUGGCGACACCACAGCUGGCACCUUACAACUCCACUGGGCAUCCAAGGAUGCAAUGCUGGGACCGGUGGAAAAAGGAAGAAAAAGGGAGAUGGUUUCAGCUGGAGGCGGAGAAAAAAAAGGUUGCCUGAAAGGGGAAAUCCAUUGA